AUGCCCCCACGUCCAACUACGGGCGAGCGGAAGGCGAAUGCUAAGGGUCAGCAGCCGCUGCAAGGCAAACUGAGACCGCAGUCAGCUGCACUGCUCCCUGCUGCGCCGGAGUCGCCCUCUCGCAACGUCCCUGGAGCUGUAAACGGAGAACGUGUAGGAGCGACCAGCGAAGAAUUGAUUCGCGACCUGGAGCACAAAGUGCGAAAGGUUGUCGAGCUCAAGCGAGCCAAGAGCGACAAACUGCGUUUUGAGGUUGUCAAGAAGCGCGAAGAGGUGGAGAAGGCCAAGCUGGUACUGCAGGAUCUCAUCAAGGAUAGUGAAGCGCUGGGACUGCACUAUAAUCCUGGCAACAAUCAGAGCGAAGAAGGAGGACGCAACGACAAAAUUGUGGAGGAACCCAACCGCCUGCAACCCAUCGCAUCCAUCUCGAGACGACCCGUGUACUCGAAACACACGAAGAUUAACGAGCUGGAAACCAAGUUAGAGAAACGAGCUCAAGCUUCUCAUGAGGUACAACGCAGUUCGAUGGUGCUGGAGCAUAUUAAGAAGCGGCUGUUGAAUGAGCGCAUUGAAGUGGCGCAAGAGACGAACGAACUCAAAGCUCGAUUUGCAGAUCUGAAUCACCAGACGCAAGAGCUGCAGAAGAAAGAAAUCAACGCGAGUGAGGCUGUGAGUCAGAUUCAGACGCGACUCGUGGAGCAGAAGGCGGAGAUGGCAGUGAAUCUGCGCAAGUACAAACGUGAAGUUGAGAUGCGCCAGAAAUGGGCACGCGAGAAGGCAAAAUUUGAGAAAUACUACAAUGAUCAAAUGCAAACUCUGAUCGGUUCACCUAACAAAAUGCGCAACGUCAACAUGACCCCAUCGGAUGAAAUUGACCCGCAAGAGGAGUAUCGCCAGGCAUUUCUACGGAUGGGAUUUGGUCAUUUCAGUGAAGGUGUAGACCCGGAAGAAAUUAUUCGAACGUGGCUUUCCCAUGAGGAAAUCAUGAAGGAACUGGACGCCAAACACGACGAAGACAUGGAGCGCAUUGCCGUUUUGCGCGACCAGCUCGCGAAAUCAAGGGAUAUUGCAAACGAGAAGGUCCCGCUGUCUAAGCGUGGCACUUCGCAGCGACUUGAGGUUAAGGAGAUCGAAAUCUCCAGUGUGGAGCGAGCGCUCGCUACCGUCGUGGAUCAGUUCAUGUUUGUCGAUCAAAGUGUCCGCCCCCUAAAGAUCGGACUGCAGCAAAUACUGCAAAACGUCACAAACGACACCGUGAAUGUUGACGACAUGGCAGGAAUCGAGAAUGCGCUCAUGGGCUCAAUUGAAGAAAUGAUGAAGCUCGUGCGUGAGACUCGACACGAUUCCGACAACCCAUCGAACCGGUCACCCGCCGACGAGGUUUCAACUUCAGGCGAGGUUACCGCAGUCGGCGAACAGGCCGAACCCACCAACGCGUCGAAGGCAAUAGCAGAAUUGGGGGUGGUAUCUGCUGAGCAUUUCACUUCACCGUUUAACAUCCGUAUCCCACCAAAACCCAAGGAGCCGUAUUAUGUUCUUGGCCCAGAAGAUUUGGUCGAUUUGGACUUCGACGUCAUGGACCGAUCGACGGUGAAGCGCAUUUCAUCUCUGCUAGUCUGUACGAGUACAGGAAAGAAAGGCAAAGACGCUGAGCGAAACAGUCGAACAAAGUACUAA